AGGCCUGAGCGGGCAGGGGGCGGGGCCGACCGCGAGCGUGCGGGGCGCGCGGUGACAGGUGCGGGGCCGGGGGGCGUCUGCGCGGGGCCGAGGGCGGCGGCGGCGGCGGCCUGAACCGAGGAGGAGCGGCGGAGGCGGCGGCGAUGCUGGAGACCCUGCGCGAGCGGCUGCUGAGCGUGCAGCAGGAUUUCACCUCCGGGCUGAAGACUUUAAGUGAUAAGUCAAGAGAAGCUAAAGUGAAAAACAAACCCAGGGCUGUUCCGUAUUUGCCAAAGUACUGUGCUGGCCUAGAAUUACUUAGCAGAUAUGAAGAUACAUGGGCUGCACUCCACAGAAGAGCCAAGGAAUGCGCAAGUGCUGGAGAGCUGGUGGACAGCGAGGUGGUAAUGCUCUCCGCGCACUGGGAGAAGAAGCAGGCGAGCCUGGUGGAGCUACAGCAGCAGCUUCAGCAGCUUCCAGGCCUCAUAGCAGAUUUAGAAUCCCUGACGGCAAGUCUGACUCAUUUAGAGGCUAGUUUUGAGGAGGUAGAAGAUCACCUGCUGAAUCUGGAGGAUUUAUGUGGACAGUGUGAAUUAGAAAGAUACAAGCAUAUGCAGUCCCAACACCUGGAAAAUUACAAGAAAAAUAAGAGGAAGGAACUUGAAACCUUCAAAGCUGAUCUCGAUGCGGAGCACGCCCGGAAAGUGCAGGAGAUGGAGCACACGCAGCAGAUGAAGCUGAGGGAGUGGCAGAAGUUUUUUGAGGAAGCCUUCCAGCAGGACAUGGAGCAGUACCUCUCCACGGGCUACCUGCAGACGGCGGAGAGGCGAGAGCCCAUGGGCAGCAUGUCAUCCAUGGAGGUCAACGUGGACAUGCUGGAACAGAUGGACCUGAUGGACAUCUCUGACCAGGAGGCCCUGGACGUCUUCCUGAAUUCUGGUGGCGAAGAGAACACCUGUCUGUCCCCUGUCUCAGGGCCUGAAGUGAGUCCUGGUCAGGCUGAAGUUACUCUUCAGGUUCCAAAUCCCUCCCGAUCCCAAGCCACGCCGCCUUCCUCACCCUCACCCUGUACCGACCUGGCCACCCCGGACCCCAGCGAAGGUGGGGAGUCCCCCGUGAUCCAGUCUGAUGAGGAGGGGGUGGAGGUGGACACCGCCCUUGCCACGUUACACACCGACGACAGUGACUCCUAAACCCGGGCACCCAUGGUCUGAACACCUUCGAAGGACAACACGGCGGUGUCCAGAGGCCUGCGGUGAGGGCAGGUGGAUUAGGGAGGCUCUUGGUUUUCACGCAAUUGCCAAAUAAUGUGUGAGAAACAGACUGAAAGAACAGCUAACAAUAAAGUUUGAGGACUUUAAACACA